AGGUGGCAGCACUGUAUGCGGCUUUGCUCUCGCGCACGUGUGUUUUGUUUUCAAUUCAGAAAAUCUUACAAAUAAAAUGGGCACGAAAAAAGUUAAAAUUAGUGCCGUGAAACGCAACGCGCAUCUCAAGUCGAAGAAGACUCCACUCCCCAAGCAACAACAACAUAAGAUAGCCCAGCAGAAAGCUGCAAAGGAUAGAAAGCAGAAUAUUUUCCGUCAAAAAGCGAAAAAACGUGAACAUUUGCCUAAAAAGCAGAAGCAAAAAAAUGAUUAUUAUAAUGACCCACUUGGCAAUGAUGAUGAUGACGAAUUGGAUGCUUCCGAAGUGGUGGAGAACAUUGCUGAUAUGCUCGACGGCGAUGAUUUGGAAUACUUGCACGAAAAAGGUUUGAAUAAGCAACGCAAACGCAAGAAUGCUGAUGUUGAAGAGGAGAAGCAAUCUGUUGGUUUAGAAAAAGCCUAUACCAGCAAUGCAGUCGAGGAAAAUGACCAGAAAAAAGUUAAAAUCAAUCUGUUGCCAAUCAAAAGCCGUGAUGGUCAUAUUAUCACACGAAGUGCGGAAGUGGAUUACAUACCCAAACCAAAAGUAAAGCGGAGCGAAGAAGCCGAGCCAGAGGAAGUGGAUGGAGAUGAAAACAUUGAAUACGAAGACAGCGAUGAUGACGUGGUCAAUGAGAUUUGUGAAGGUAGCGCUUUACCAGAACUCAAGAAAAAACUAAUUUCCACAACGGAUUUGCUCAUUGCUCGACAACAAGAAAUAGAGCGUCAGAAAUAUCGUAUUGGCAUCAUUUGUUCAGGCCUUUUAGAAAAACCUGAGGAUAAAAUGCGAAACUUCAACGCCUUAUUCGAGUUGAUGGAGGAGACGAAUGCGGCAGACGCUCCAAAUCUUUUAACAGUACGCAGAUUGGCGAUCGUGUCAACAACUGAGAUUUUUAAGGAUAUUUUACCAGAAUAUCGCGUUGGUCAGGUUGACACGAAGAUGCAAACAU